UCCGGAGCUUCUGAUACGGCGGCGGCUAGGGCGGGGUGUGCCCGCAGGAAGCGCUUCCGGGCUGGCCCGCUCCUCCCUUUAGAGUGCGAGCGGAGGCGGUGGGGGGGGGGGAAGUCAGUGGCCCGGGGUUCGCGCCCCCUUCCUGGUGGGGAGAAGCGGCUCCUUUCUCCGGACAGCAGGUGGCUGGGACGGAUGCCUGCUGACUGGCCCGUAGUGGCUCUUCCGCGCGCAGGCUGCUGCUCCGUCUUCCCCGCGCGAAGGGAGAGGGGCCGCGCCGCGCCGCCACAGGGCCGAGGCUGGCAUGCCCUGGCUGGCCCAGGCCGCUCGGUCUUCCCUUCGGCCGCUUCCUCCUCACAGGCUCGUCGGCGUCGUGUCGCGUGAAGGGAGCGCCCGCCGUCGCCUCUGAGGGGCCCCCGGCAGACUCGUUGCUUGCGCGCGCGCCCGGGGGCGGGGGGAGUCCUUAGCCGAGCCUCCCCCCGCCUUGAGAGCGGAGUCCUCUCGCCAUGCAAGGAGCAGGCGGCGGUGGCGGCGCUUCCGUCUCGCGGCGCUGGCGGGGUCAGGGCGGCUCGGGCUUUCCCUUUUUCCCGUGGUGGCGGCGGCAACCCGUUCUCGAGAUGCCCGGAGUCGGGACACACAACCGAAAUUGCUGAGCAGCUGCGAACGGCGAAGGAGCGGCCCAGAAGGGAGAUCUGACCAGUUGUAUAAGAUUUUCCUCUACCUCUUGGAGGACUCUGGACUCGCCCAUCAAGUGUUCGGUGGCAGUACAUAAAUAACCUGGAUAUGAUGCCAAAAGAUCUCCAAAUGAUUUUAUAGUUUAACCCAAUGAUUCUUCUGGAUAUAUAUUUCUUUCUUCAAAAAUAAGUGCACAGUCCAAAUCCUGCUUUCCAGCAGAUAUUUUUUAUUCUAAGAUCAUGGACCAACUUACUAGGGAGAAAGAUGAAAGGCAAAGAUCAGGAAAAGGAAAUCCAGGAAGAGGUUCCCGAGCAUCAAGUUCCAGUUCAGCCUCUGGUGGUAUUAUGGUUGGGCCUAAUUUCAAGGUUGGCAAGAAGAUAGGCUCUGGAAAUUUCGGAGAGCUCAGGUUAGGCAAAAAUAUUUUCACAAAUGAGUACGUAGCAAUCAAACUGGAGCCAUUAAAAUCCCGUGCCCCACAGCUGCAUUUAGAGUAUAGGUUUUAUAAACACAUUGGCUGUACAGUUGAGGGCUUCCCCCGGGUAUUUUACUAUGGGCCCUGUGGAAAGCAGCACAACGCCAUGGUACUUGAGCUCCUUGGCCCAAGUUUGGAGGACUUGUUUGACCUCUGUGAUAGAACAUUCACUCUGAAGACUGUCUUAAUGAUAGCCAUCCAGCUGAUCACUCGAAUGGAAUUUGUGCACUCAAAGAAUCUUAUUUAUCGGGAUGUCAAGCCAGAGAACUUCCUUAUUGGCCGGCAAGGAAAUAAGAAAGAACAUGUCAUUCACAUAAUAGAUUUUGGGUUGGCCAAGGAGUAUAUUGAUCCUGAAACGCAAAAACACAUUCCUUAUAGGGAGCACAAAAGCCUAACUGGAACAGCAAGAUACAUGUCCAUCAACACACAUCUUGGCAAAGAGCAAAGUCGGCGAGAUGACUUGGAAGCCCUUGGCCAUAUGUUCAUGUAUUUCCUUCGAGGCAGUUUGCCAUGGCAAGGCCUUAAGGCUCUGAGGAAGGGGACUUCCUGCUUCUGGGAUGUCCCUCUGCUCAUGUCAAGAAAGGAGAUUUUCCAGGCUGAUACACUAAAAGAGAGAUACCAGAAGAUUGGGGACACAAAGAGGAAUACUCCGAUUGAUGUUCUCUGUGAGAACUUUCCAGAGGAGAUGGCCGCUUAUCUUCGUUAUGUCAGACGAUUAGACUUCUUUGAGAGACCAGACUAUGAUUACCUACGAACAAUCUUCACAGAGUUAUUUGAAAAGCGAGGAUACACCUUUGAUUAUGCCUAUGACUGGGUUGGCAGGCCAAUUCCCACUCCAGUGGGGCCCAUGCAUGUAGAAUCUGGACCAUCAAUAGCUCGAGAAGCCCAUGUACACAGGGAUCGAUCAUCAUUGCAGCCUCCUCGACAACAGACUAUAGAACGCCGAGGAGACUGGGAUAUACCACCAGUGCGGCAGGCCAACGCCUUGUUCCUAUCAUCUCACUUGACUUCAGAGCGGCAUGGGGGAUCAGUGCAGGUGGUAAGCUCAACAAAUGGUGAGUUGAACAUUGAAGAGCCAACAGAAGCACCCUCCAGUACACAAAUUGCAGCGCGGGCUGAAGUGGAAGUAGUGGAGGAAGCUAAGUGCUGCUGCUUCUAUAAGAGGAAAAGGAGGAACUCUUCCCAGCGCCAGAAAUGACAGGUGUCUCCUUGAGAUCUUUGGGGGACUUUGUUUACCGGCUGUUCCUGCCACGUCUUAUUGAAUGGGGCUUCUCUUGGGGAGAGGAGAAGAAACAAGGGACAUUUGAAACCAAAAAGAGAGAGGAGAGGGGAAAUUCCAAAAUAAACACUCAGGUGGAUUAUCUAAAUGGUCUCCCUUCCUCACUCCACGCCUGAGGCUCCUUUUGGAAUUAGGAUUGCAUCCUCCCAGGCCUUGGUUGCCCUUGUCGGAAGGCUGGCUGGCUACCUUCCUCUCUCUACAACAGUUCAGUCAAGGGGGCAUUCCUGGCGAAUGUGCAUCGUUCCUGCUCCCUCUCUCUUGCUUCUCCUACAUGCUUUUUCAGCCAACAGGAGGGGCUCUAUCGUCUGUGGGAUCAACGUGGUGGAGAGAGAGAGAAAAAGAGGGAGGAUGCUCUCAUGGGGGCACAGCUCCUCUUUGUCCAAAUGGCUUGGUUUAGGCUGCCCCACCAGCAGCUUGGACCUGAUCCUCCUUAAUUGCCCUCUGACAAAUUCCAUGGUAGUAAGCAAAAGGCAAGAGAAUUGCAAUUUACUUUUCUAGUUGCCUUGAUCUACUGGUUUCUAUGACAUUUCUUUUCUCAGAAUGGUUACAGAGAAGUGUCUUGUUGUUCUAAAGGAACUGUUGAUGUUGCACUUUUUAAUUAUUUUUAGCAUUUUUGUAUGCAUAUACUGUGUUUGGUUACCCUCCCGCUCAUGGGUAUGAAUGAUGCCUAAAUCACACAUGUUCAGCGCUUAUAUUUAGGUGCAAAGCCUCUCCUUAGUCUGUCCGACACAUUUGGAAUUCCCCAGGACUGCUCUGGAGUUCCUAAGACCCCACUGUUGGUUGUGCACUGAAGCUUACUUGAAUUUUCAGCUGCCCUUUUCCAGCUGUCAAUAAACACCCCUCUUGUGUUUUUUCCCCCCAUGGUGCCUGACCCUUAUCUGCUCGGAAGGGGAAGUCUUUCUGCUGGCAGGAGGGAGAGAUCAGCUGGGCUGAUCUCUGGAUAGGUCAGGGAAAUGCAAACACAGACUACCCUAAGUGAAAUGGGGGGGGGGAAAUUAGGCAUUUUGUAUAGCUGUUAAAGGGAGCAAAGCUAUUUCAUCAGGGAGAGGACAUUGCCACUGCCUUAGACUAUAUCUUUCAUCAGACCCUGCAAAGGUUUCAAGCCGCUGGUACAGGUUGUAAGACCUCGAAGGCACCAGCAGAGCAGUUGGUGUGCAUUAACCUGUAGUUCUUCCAGACGAGGCUUUUUAAAAACAUACCCCAGGAAAUGGACUUGGGAUGCUCCACAUUCACUCAACAUCUUGUACUCCAAGGCAGAGAUUGUGAACAUUUCACAGUGUUUCUUUGAGAAUGGCUUGAGAGGAAUAUUGAGAACUGAGCCAGAGAGGGCAGAGCUCCAUAUGCUCUGCUUACUAGUUCAGAGUGCUUUGCAAAUAUGUACAUUACAGGGCUUCCGGUAAUGGGGCUUCUGGGCUCACCUUCUGAAAUGUGUCCCAUCUCCUCCUAAAUGACAAUGUAAUGUUUGAGUUUGCUCUGUAACACUUCUGGUUCUUUCAGAGGUUGUUGCCAUGAGCGGGACAGUCUGACUUGUUGACAGGAGAAGCAACUCUUCUGCCGUGUCUGUUUUGGCUCCUGUGACUUUUUUCCCCUUCAGUUUCUGUAGUUUUUUCUCCUCCUAGAUUUCAGCAUCUCACUUUUAAUAUAAAGGAAGCUGCCAUUGCUGAGUUCUGGGCUGCUUUUUCUCUCUCCCCUGUAUCCUUGCUCUUUGCCCACGAGCUACUAGGCCUGAAGGCUUGUGUGUCCAGUGUUUCUGUUCUGCAAGUUGCCUUUUCAUUGUGUUUGGAAUGCAGGAACUCUUUAUCUUUAGCCAUUGAUAAGAAAGGGAGGGGAUUAACUCCUCCUCCUCCUCCAUUGCCCACUUCUCCUAAUGAGUAACUCUCACCACUUGAAUGUUUUCGAUGACACUUAUUAAAAUUAUCCAUUCUGCCCACACUUGUGAUAGAAAAUUGUGGUCUGAUCUCUUGUGAAGAAGAGAGAUAGGAACUUGCAAAAUGAAAUCCAUCUCUACGUUUCCCAGUUCUGCCAAAUGCCCAACACUCUUCAUUCCAAUGUGUAACUCUGUUCCACUCUACUAAGCAUUCUAGUUCUUUUCCAUCCUAGAGCAACAGUCUGAAAAAGGGAAUCUGCUAUAAAUGCUGCUUUUUUGGUGGAAAAAUAUUAAUAUGUUUCAUUGGAACCCUUUGUGGUGCAGAGCUUAGGUAAGGUUACUUGAAAGCUGUUUUGUUUUUGAUAUACUUCUCUGUUGCUCUGGAGGUCUUCCUUACAAAUUAAAAAUGUGUAAUACGUAGGCAGGGGAAAUCAUGUGCUCUAAAGCAGGCUGAUAAAUAUCCAAACUCUAUUUUGCAUUCUUAUUCAAGCCUCUUCAGAGUGCAAAUACUUUUAAGACAUCACUAUCAUUGUAUGGAUACUUCUAGAACUUCAGAGUAAACUCUACUAAAUGGGCUCAAGAUAAGAACUACAAAAACCCAGUUCUAGCUUGGAUUAUUUCCAAGGCUGUCUUCUCUACAGCGAGUUUACGUCCCAGCUAAUGAACAGCUGCAUGAAGGUAGAGAAUACCUGGUCCUUUUCACAAAACCCCCCUUUUAGAAUCUUGACAUAAGACCUGGGUCUGUAACUCUAGAGAAAUGGCUAGCAAUGAGAUAAAGCCGCUUUCAGGUCUGUUGUGCUUCUCUCUGAGAAAUGUCUUUUCUAGAGGAGAGUCAAUUAUAAACAUGGUUUUCUUUCAUUUCAUUUUUCACUAUUUUAUGGUGAGCUGCUUUGAAGAGAAUUCUACAGCCAACUCUGUUCCAACUGAAUGCCCAUCUUGGCAAGAAGAAGCUGGCAUUGCUUUGGAGACUUACACUCAAAGCCGCAAGAUGUAACAUCAUGUGGAAUCUUAUUCUUUUCUCAUUCCUCAGACAAUAGAUAUUUUGUGACCCCCACCUUGCCCACUAUUUUGUCCUUCCUCAGAUCUUAAUAAAACUAUAUCACCUGCUGAACUGAGAGGGUUGUCUUGCUUCCAGAGUCCUGUCUGAGUCAUCUGCUAGUUGACCCCUCAUGUUUUCUGACUCUGUGAGACUAUAUACCAUUUGUUAUAGGAGAUGACAAUGUUGGCUCUACCUUGUUAGCUCGACACUGGACCUUUAAGUGCUUCUUCAGCAUUCAGUUGCACUUAGACAGAAGUCUGAGAUGGGCCCUGUUUACAGAACCCCUAAUAUUUGGGUCUUUAAAUGACCUGUCUAAUGGCUGUGAUCAUAACUUUGCUAGUCAACUAUUGGCUUUCGUUUUGGGUGGGAGGGAUUGAAGUUGCUCCUUUCUCUUAAUCUCUCAAAUAACUCUGAUGUAAUGCCAGACAGGAGUCAUUCUCAGAGUUCCAAAAUUCCUAAGCCCAUGGAAAUCUUGCCCUCCUUCCAAUGUUCAGCCUUAAUCUCAUUUUUUUAAAAAAUCAUUAAAUGGCUUCCAAAAAUAUUGUUUCCAACCCAAGGUUUCUUGCUCUUUUGAAGUGCCCUGGCCAACAUCCUUCUAAUGCAAGCCAUGCAGCCUUGAACCAAAUCUUUCCUCCUCUGUAGUUUACGAUAACUUGCAGGUAUGGAGGAAUAAACUCUUAUUUUCCCUUUGAGGAGCGGAACUUUUUACAGAGGUCCACAUGCCUGCAUUUCCUGAGGUUUUGGGAGUGGUGAUUUGAAGCUGAAGGGAAAGUGAGGAUGCCACAGUGAGUGUUCCUCCGAAUUGUAUGUACAUUGGAGGCAAUGUUGCUUCCAGUGAUACAUGACAUGUGAGUGGCCAACUGCAAAUCUGCAAGUACGAAGCUAAAAUCCAUGCUUUCUCAAUAAUAAUGCUAAGGCUUCACAGCAAACAAAUAAUAGAAUUACAUGGUUUUCUGCGUUGUUUACUAGGCCUCAAAGAAAGUACCAAUGUUGGUUUAGGGAGCUAGUUUUCAGUCUGUUUUGAGCCUCAGUAAUUGAGGAAUGAGAGCACUUCCUUUUUUGUAGGGCUUGGUGUUUGAAUGGCUAUCAGUUAAGGGGCCUAAGAUUCUCGGCAUACUUUGUCUUGGCUGCUUUUAAAAGCUGUGUGGUGUUUAUGCAUAUCCCAGUAAGUCAGGGUUUCUUAUACUUGGGCCUCCAGAUGGUGUUGGCCUACAGCAGGCUGAUAAAUAUCAUCCCAAACCACAAUGGCCUCAUAUGGCUGAAGGUGAUGGGAGUUGUAGGCCAACAUUACCUAGGGACCCAAGAUUGAGAAACCCUGUGUAAGUGAUGGGAAUGGAUCUGAUUUCUCAAAACUCCCUUUAAUAUAUGCACUGGAAAUGAAGUGGAGAAUCCUAAGAUCUAGUCAAAUUGUAACACACACACUCUAUAUUAACAUCUGAAAAAAUACUUCAGUCAUUGUAUGCAGCUGUAUAAAGCCAGGCCUGGAGUCUGAGGUUGAACAACAGAUGCUUUUGUAUGUUUCUUUUUAAAAAUAUAUAUAUUAUUAUGAACUCCUGUUGUGAAGACACUUGGUUUAUGCACACACACACUCUUUUUUGUCACCUCACAGUAGCAACCUGUCUUUCAGCACCUCGCAGGGAUUUAAUUUUGACUUGUUACCCUAGAAUCCUGCACCUGCAGAGAGUGUGGCUUCUGAGAUGACUGGGUACACACUUGCACACUGAGCAGGUAUUUUGGUUAUUUUAAGUCUGUCUCAGGAAAAUUAUCAUUUUUUCCCUUUAAUGCUAUUCCAAAAUGCGUAACUGCUGCAAGGUGUAUGCCACCCUGCAAAACCUGGAACAGGUGAUCUUCACAUUAGAAAGCAACUUGGUACUGAUGAAGUCUGUCCGUGCAAUGACCCUGCAGAGUGAAUGGUCAGUUUGGGGCAUGUGGACCAUACCAAAUAUUGCAUCUUCCCCAGACAGGGAAAUCACAGUUAAGUGGCUUGUUCCCUUUGGAAACCUUGCAAUGUAUAAUUUAUUAUGUCUUGUUUCUUUAAUGUAGGCCUCUUGUGCUUUUAAAAAUCGGGUGAUUGGGAUAAUGAAUGCAACUCUUGUUACUGUAAAAAAUCAGCUGUGAAUCUUUUUUUAAGUAUUGUGUGCACAUGUCUUGUUAAAAUGCCUUUUGAUUUUUAAUCUUUUAUUUUAAACAUGUAAUGCAAUGUUUUGAUUCAUAUAAUCCUGGCACUGCUUUUGGAACUUGGCAGUGAACAUGAAACUUAGUAUUUUUAAUAUGAAUGUCAAUUUCACAUGUGUUUGAAAUGGUUCAACCAGGAUAAGGGCUUACUUCUACCAUGCAAGCAGCUCCCCUGGCACCUGUUGGAUUUCACGUAGCCAGAAAUUGGGUUCUGCUUCUGAUCUUUCUGAUGUGCCUGUUUUAAUGGGACAUUGCAAGAAACGUUGUGUACCUUAAAUACUCCCUUUCCCCUAUUUACACCCUUCAGUGUACAAUAAAAUAUCAAAUUUGCUCUGUUCA